AUGCUGAAGGAAACAGGUACAAAAUGAUCUAUAUCCACAGUAAAACGAGUCCUAUAUCUUCAUAACCUGAAAGGCGUUACUCGGUUAUGUAUAGAGCUCUACCACUCAGCUGAAGUCCUGGAGCUCUACUACACAGCUGAAGCCCUAGAUUUCUACCACUCAGCUGAAGCCCUAGAUUUCUACCACACAGCUGAAGUCCUGGAGCUCUACCACACAGCUGAAGUCCUGGAGCUCUACCACACAGCUGAAGUCCUGGAGCUCUACCACUCAGCUGAAUCCCUGGAGCUCUACCACUCAGCUGAAUCCCUGGAGCUCUACCACUCAGCUGAAGUCCUGGAGCUCUACCACUCAGCUGAAUCCCUGGAGCUCUACCACUCAGCUGAAUCCCUGGAGCUCUACCACUCAGCUGAAUCCCUGGAGCUCUACCACUCAGCUGAGUCUCUGGAGCUCUACCACUCAGCUGAGUCUCUGGAGCUCUACCACUCAGCUGAGUCCCUGGAGCUCUACCACUCAGCUGAAUCCCUGGAGCUCUACCACUCAGCUGAGUCUCUGGAGCUCUACCACUCAGCUGAGUCUCUGGAGCUCUACCACUCAGCUGAGUCCCUGGAGCUCUACCACUCAGCUGAAUCCCUGGAGCUCUACCACUCAGCUGAGUCCCUGGAGCUCUACCACUCAGCUGAGUCCCUGGAGCUCUACCACUCAGCUGAAUCCCUGGAGCUCUACCACUCAGCUGAAUCCCUGGAGCUCUACCACUCAGCUGAGUCCCUGGAGCUCUACCACUAUGCUGAAUCCCUGUUAUCCUUGGUGGGGUUGUUAGGAGUCUUUGGGGCAGAGGGAACGGAGGCUGUCUGUGGGAUGCUGGGGAGCCCAGAGUUCCCUCUGCUGUCCAAGGAAGGAGACGUGACUAUAGGAGGAGCCUUUUCCAUCCACAGCAAAACCACACAGCCCCCACUCUCCUUCACAGAACCACCACCCUCUCUCACCUGCUCCAGUGUAAACCUCAGAGAGUUCCGGUUUGCUCAGACCAUGAUCUUCGCCAUCGAGGAGAUCAACAGCAGUGACACUCUGCUUCCGAAUGUCUCUAUUGGAUAUCGUAUUUAUGACAACUGUGGCUCGACUCUGUACUCUAUGCGUGCGGCCAUGGCCCUGAUGAACGGUCAGGAGAGGACGGUGGGAAAGACCUGCUUUGGCCAAACAGCAGUUCACGCCAUCAUCGGAGAGUCAGAGUCCUCCUCCACUAUAGUGAUGUCACGCACCACCGGUCCAUUCCAAAUACCUGUGAUCAGCCACUCUGCCACAUGUGAGUGCCUUAGCAGCAGGAAGGAGUACCCUUCUUUCUUCCGAACCAUCGCCAGUGACUUCUAUCAGAGCAGAGCCCUGGCCCAGCUGGUCAAGUACUUCGGCUGGAGCUGGGUGGGAGCGGUCAACAGUGAUAGUGACUAUGGCAACAGCGGCAUGGCUAUCUUCCUGGCUUCAGCCCAGGAGGAGGGUGUCUGUGUGGAAUACUCAGAGAAGUUCAGCCGGACGGAGCCAGAGAAGCUGUUAAAGGUUGUUAAUGUGAUCCGAGGUGGGAAGGCCAAGGUGAUCGUAGGCUUUCUGGCCCACGUGGAGAUGAACAACCUGCUGGAGGAGCUCAGUCUGCAGAACAUCACCGGCCUACAGUUUAUUGGUGUGGAGGCCUGGAUCACUGCAGACAGCCUGGUCACCCCUACUAGCUACAGUGUGCUGGGGGGUUCACUGGGGUUCGCUGUCCAGAAGGCCAACAUCAGCGGCUUCUCUGACUUUGUGAUAAAGCAGUUCUGGGACACGGCAUUUCAAUGCACAGAGACAAGCCACCAGGAGAAUGCAACAGUGAGUAGUCCUUGUAGUGAGAAUCAGGAUCUGAUAGAGCUGAGAGAUUAUAAUGCAGACGUGGAAGAGCUCAGAUACUCUAGUAAUAUCUAUAAAGCCAUAUAUGCAGUGGCCCACUCCAUGCACAGCUUGCUGAAGUGCAAAGAGGGACGCGGAUGUGAUCAAAAUGUGAGAACUGAACCUUGGCAGGUAGUGGAGUCUCUGAAGCAGGUGAAUUUCACCAUAAAGACAGGGGACCAGGUGUGGUUUGACAGUACAGGUGCUGCAGCAGCCAAGUACGAGGUGGUGAACUGGCAGCGUGGGCCAGACGGAGGGGUCCAGUUUAAACCAGUGGGCUACUAUGAUGCCUCCCUACCCCUUGGACAACAGUUUGUCCUCAGGACAGAGGACAUAAUUUGGGCUGGGGGGCUCCAACAGAUGCCCUUGUCAGUGUGUAGUGAGAGCUGUCCCCCAGGCACUCGUAAGGCUGUACAGAAAGGAAAGCCUGUAUGCUGUUAUGACUGUGUCCCAUGUUCAGAGGGAGAGAUCAGCAACGCUACAGAUUCUAAUGGCUGCAUACACUGCCCUGAUGUGUACUGGUCCAAUCUUGGCAGAGACAAAUGUAUAUUUAAAGCUAUUGAGUUCCUGACGUUUACUGAGGUCAUGGGGAUUGUACUUAUGCUUUUCUCCUUGUUUGGAGUGUUUCUAACUGUGCUUGUGGCUAUUCUCUACUUGAUAAAGAAAGACACUCCCAUCGUCAGGGCCAACAACUCUGAGCUGAGCUUCCUGCUUCUCUUCUCCUUGACUCUGUGUUUUCUGUGCUCUCUUACUUUCAUUGGCCGGCCCUCUGAGUGGUCCUGUAUGCUGCGUCACACAGCGUUUGGGAUCACCUUCGUCCUCUGCAUCUCUUGUGUUCUGGGGAAAACAAUAGUGGUGUUGAUGGCCUUCAGGGCUACACUUCCAGCCAGUAAUGUCAUGAAAUGGUUUGGUCCUCCACAGCAGAGACUCAGUGUUCUGGCUUUCACUCUCAUACAGGUCCUGAUCUGUGCUCUUUGGUUAACAGUCUCCCCUCCUUUCCCCUACAAUAAUAUGAAAACCUACAAGGAAAAGAUCAUUCUAGAGUGUGAUGUGGGUUCAGCUAUUGGUUUCUGGGCUGUGUUGGGCUAUAUAGGACUGCUCUCUCUCUUGUGCUUUGUGCUGGCUUUUCUGGCUCGGAAGCUGCCUGAUAACUUCAAUGAGGCCAAAUUCAUCACCUUCAGCAUGCUCAUAUUCUGUGCAGUCUGGAUCACCUUUAUCCCAGCUUAUGUCAGCUCUCCUGGGAAGUUCACUGUAGCUGUGGAGAUCUUUGCUAUUCUGGCCUCUAGUUAUGGAAUGCUCUUCUGUAUAUUUGCACCUAAAUGUUAUAUAAUCCUGUUUAAACCUGAGCUAAAUACCAAGAAACACAUGAUGGGGAAUAUGAAAUGA